AUGGAAGGUGUGGGUCAUGUGAACGCCUGCAUUGGUUUGGCUGAAGUGCUUCAAAGUCGUGGCCAUCACAUAGUGUUUGUGGCCGACCAGUCAUAUGAAGGAAAGUUAUGUCGGUUUGGAUUCACUGAAGAAAUCUUGACUUCCGAUGAAAAGGACAAAAUGCCCGGAGAAGUGGCCGCAAAAUCAUUGCUUACAUCGGGACUCAUGUCAGGGGUUUCGUCAUACGAGAAGAUGAAGAUUAUGCAAAACCUGCCGUUCCUGGAUAUGGUUGUCACUAAAAUGCGUGCAAAUGAGCCUAAACUUAAAACAAUUGUAGCCAAACAUAAUCCGGAUGUUUUUCUCAUCGAUGACUUCAUUGGUUCGCCGACACUAAUCCACUCGAAGAAGCCGUGGGUUUUGAUUAUGUCUGGGAAUCCAUUGUUUGCACUCAAAGAUGAUAAUACACCGCCGGCUGGAUCAGGUUUCCCAACGAAUGGAAACCCAAAUGAUUGGAAAGAAUUUCAAGAGCUCUCUGACAAGUCAUUCGCAAAACCAAAGACUAAAUACAAUGAAUGGAUGACAGAGGAAGGGUUUCCUACAGUUGAAGUCAAUGAGCUUUUUCCUGAAUCUCCAUAUUUGAAUAUCUAUGGCUAUCCCGAAGAACUAGAUUACACAGACAUCCGACCAAUUCCUGAGAAGUGGUGCAGAAUUGACGCGUUUAUGAGAAAAGGAGAGCAAGAAUUCAAAAUUCCCGACAAAUUUCGUGAAAGAGAUGAACAAAAAAGUAAAUUAAUUUACCUCUCAAUGGGUUCUAUGGGUUCAGUGGAUGUGAAUCUUAUGAAGAGAUUUGUGGCGAUUCUCUCGAAAUCCAACCAUAAGUUCAUUGUCUCGAAGGGAGUUCUCGGAGACACUUAUGAAUUGGCGGACAAUAUGUGGGGCGAGAAGUCGGUUCCGCAGACAAAAGUGUUGCCAUUAGUAGAUCUGGUGAUAACUCACGGCGGGAACAACUCGGUCACCGAAACCUUCAGUUAUGGGAAACCAAUGAUUGUAAUGCCUUUGUUUGCGGAUCAGUUCGAUAACGCACAGAGAAUACUGGAAAAGGGUUAUGGGAUUCGUCUGAAUCCCUAUUACUGUUCAGAACAAGAAUUACUGAAUUCCAUCGAAAAGCUAUUGAAUGAUAAGGAAUUGAAUGAAAGAUUAUCCGUCGCUUCCAAACGAAUGCUGAGCUCUAAUAGCAUUGAAAGAGCUGCAGAACUGAUCGAAAAUCUCGUCAAAUGA